CUUCGUUCCCGCUUCCCCUCCGCCAUUCACACCAAGGGAUUCGCAAUUUGCGAGUCAACCGUUUCACAAAUUAAAGCAGUUUUGGAGGACAGGGCUCUAGACACCUCGUGGAUCGACAUAUCUUACUACCUUCCACCAGUUUUUGGUGCACAAGAGCGCGAGUGGGUGAUAAGACCACUUCUUGCAGGAACGAAUUUCAUCUCCAUAAAUGAUUACAUGUACCUCUAUUCGUCGAACAGUAUUUCUGAACACUUAUCUUGCUUCAGUGAAUUUAUUCGUGAACAAGCAGUUGUUGCAGCAGCCGAUCAGAAGCAAAAAUCGUGCUUAAAAACCAAUAAGAGCGUUUUGGUACCUUCGGAAGAGAUCCCUACAAGAGGACUGGAAAAGAGGGGGAAAUCGGGGGGUUUCAGUGGUCGCUCACGUGAAAUCAAGACAAAGCAUGUAAAAAAGAAGUAUCUCAAAAGGACUGUGGGCUCUGAGGACGAGGAAGAUCCAGUUGAAAUCUGUAUCGAAUCAUAUCUUCCUCAAGAUGAGUUACUCUCCCUCUUGAGAGCUAGCGUUGGCAUUGACGCCCCUGAAGAUUUAGUUGAGGGACUUCUGGAAAAAUUGCUGCCGAAGAUUCAUGAAAACUUUUUAUCUCUUGUAAAAUCAGUUUAUUUUCAGACUUCGGACUCGUCGAAAAGUCGCGAUAGGUGUCUUGCUGAAAAGGAUUCUCUAAUCUCAACUAUUUUGGGUAUUCAACUCUUAGAACGCGGUAGUCUGGCGGUUGAUGAUGUCCAGCUUCGCAUUCAACUGUUUCGUCAACUUAUCCGUAGUGAAGUUUCUACCCUUGUCAAUCGGCUCUACGUUCUGCUUGCUCUAAACUACGAUAUUGGUUGGCCCAACUUAACUGCGAAUAAUAUAUCGUCUGAUAAGGGCAAGGAGGAAGAGCAAAAGAAAUGUGACGAUGAGGAAGUAUCUAUCGGGCAUUCUAUUGAGCUGAACCCUGGGAAUAUAACACCUCAACAUCGUGACGCACUCGCGGAUCUCCUCGGCACGAUGGGGGAUGGGCCCAUGAAAGAGGCCUCUUUACUGGUUCAAAGCAUCAAUGCAUGCCUCCGCGCCAACCCUGAACACUCUGUUUCGGUAGAAAGUCUUUCCCUAGACGAAAUACUCUCACUGUGUGAUGAUCUGGCUCACUUUCAUCUCGGCAUUAAUCUCUCCGUAUCCUUACUUCGUGGUGGAAGUGGGAAACGCAAUCGACAGGAUCGCUUAUUGGCGUUCGAAAUCGCUAGAAAAACCGAACAACAGAUGAUUGAUGCAGCGAAGGCAGGGGGGGAAAAUUACUUGGCCUGCGUAAGUCUAGCUGGAGCGGCGCUAUUUGGUCAGUGUCUGGCUGGUUGGCCUCUUCCUGUUCACGGCAAACUUGUGCCUCGUCUUUCAGCCUGGAUCUCAAGCAUGCUUUCAUCACCCACCAAAAGUUAUGUUAAUUAUGCCGCGGCUGUAAAUGAACUGCGUGCAGCAAAAGCUGGCGAACAACUGACUGAACUGGCAGAGUUGGUUAUGAAAGGAGCAAGGCGUGGUGGGGACAAGUCGGUAGUAUCAGAGUUAGCGAAGAAAGAUCUUGUGGAUCAGCUCUGCGCAACGGCUUCUCGAUGCUUGCGAGCCAUGGAAGUCAAUUCGGGCAAAUCAAGCACUGAUUAG